AUUUCCUUGAGGUCGACUGACAGGGGACAUUUUCGUCUUUUCCUACUUUCAGAACUCGCUUUUGGUUUCUUCUGCCCUUUCCCUUCCCCCGACAGCUUCAUUUAGCCGUUGCUUUUCAAAUUCAAAUGCGAUCUCCCUAACUCCUCAUCUCUGUCUCUCUCUCUCUCCGACUAUAAUAAGCCUCUACACACCUCUUUAAAUCCAGUCGAACAGAUGGAUAACCAAAUCGCCGGAAACCGAAGAACUCUCCGGCGACGGCCACUCCAGCCGAGAAACACUCCGGUAACUCUAGCCAUAGAGCUUCCAGCAAAGCCAGCUACAUUUAGAGAAACCCCACAUUUUAUGCAAACCAGAUUAGAGCCCGACGACAAAGAGAACAGUGAGGUCACCACCGCACUACCAUUACCAGCAAUGGCUUCCAGUGAUUUCCUUCUACCUGCAGAAGCGUUGUCUUUGUCAGAGGAACUCGAAGCAGCUCGGCGGCAAAAGGAGAGGCUGAGAUUGGAGAGGGAGAAGACGGAGACAAUGCUGAGAGAUAGAGACCUGGUUCUUGAGAAGGAAGCAAGAGAGGCCGAGAUGAGAGAUCUUCAGCAUAUAGAGGUUGAGAUGAAGCUCCAAAGCCUCCUCCGUCUAAUAGAGCUCAGAUCUCUACUUAGAUUUGAAACGAUUAGUUCACUGAGAAAACAAGAGGAAGAAAAAAGAAAAGAGAAGCUUUUAAUGGAGCAAAACUGUUUGUCUUCGACGAGAUGUGAAGUAGAAGAAGCAGAGACCUCCACAGCUAAAGAGAAAGGGACAGCUUCUCCUAUAUCUGUUUCUAACUGAUCAGUUCUCAGCUUGUAUUCAAUGUUGUUCUAUCUGGUUCUUCUGCAUAAUAUAUACUUGGUUUUCAUGAUUACAGAGCUCUGAUCCCAUUUACUCAUCAGAGGGGAUUUGUAAGGGCUUCUGUAAUUCGCAUCAGUUAAGCACAAAUGAAUUGAGAAAUUCAUACAAUAUUUUUUGUAUUAAAGUUUUAAUGCAGAAAUAUGGAAAAAAAUUCCUUAUGUUCUGAACAAAUCAGAUAUGAGGUAUUCUUAGAGUUCUAAAAAUAUUCCUCAA